AUGACUAACGUCUUUAACGUUCAAGUCUUCUUUGUGGUCUUCAGAGAAUCCUUGGAAGCAGUGCUUGUGGUUUCGGUUCUCUUAGCCUUCUUGAAGCAAGGUUUGGGAGGACCCGACCAGGAUCAGGCCAUUUACAAGAAACUUAGAUUACAAGUUUGGGCAGGUUCCAUUCUAGGCGUUUUCAUCUGUUUAUGUAUCGGUUGUGCUUUUAUCGCUGUCUUCUACACUCUUGGCCAUGAUAUUUGGGGUAAGUCAGAAGAGAUAUGGGAGGGUACUUUCUGUAUGAUAGCCACAAUCUUGAUCACAAUUAUGGGUAUUGCCAUGUUGAGAAUCAACAAAAUGAAAGAGAAGUGGAGAACUAAGAUUGCCCAGGCUUUGGUCAAAGAACCUGCUGUCUCUAAGGACAGGUUCAAGAUCGGAAGGUUGACAACUAAAUACUGUAUGUUUGUUUUGCCCUUCAUUACAUGCUUGAGAGAAGGUUUGGAAGCAGUUGUGUUCGUUGGUGGUGUUGGUUUGUCUGACCACACUGGCGCUGCUGCUUUCCCACUUCCAGUGAUCUGUGGUUUAAUUGCAGGUAUUGCUGUUGGCGUGAUGCUUUACUACUUUGGUUCCUCAGCUUCUUUGCAAGUUUGCUUGAUUAUGUCAACUUGUAUCUUGUACUUGAUUUCUGCCGGCCUUUUUUCAAGGGGUGUAUGGUACUUUGAAGCUCAAGUUUACAAUGUCAAGACUGGUGGUGAUGCAUCUGAAAGUGGCUCUGGUCCAGGCUCUUACGAUAUUUCAAAGUCUGUCUGGCAUGUCAACUGUUGCAACCCUGAACUCGACAAUGGUUGGGAUGUGUUCAACGCUUUAUUGGGAUGGCAAAACUCGGCCACUUAUGGUUCAGUGAUCUCUUACAACAUUUACUGGCUUUUCUUGAUUACUGUAUUAGGCUUAAUGUUGUUUGAGGAGAAGCGUGGUCACUUGCCCUUCUGCAAGAACCUCACACUUAGACAGCUUAAUCCUAUGUACCAUAUCAAGGGAAAGAAGAAGAACGAAUUGACAAAGAAGGAACAAGAGGAGUUGUUCGACAAAGUCAGAAGACACAACUUUGGUGUGUCUGAAGCAGAUAAGGAGUCAUCUUCUGAUGCUCUGAAGAGUGGUAAGGACGAGAAGAGUCCUCAUGUUGCCGAGGAAAGAACGGUGGAAAAAACCGCCAGCAACUAA